UUCAGCGAAGAAAAUCGAAUGACAUGGCGACUAUGAGAAAAGAGAGUUACUCAUCCAGCACAUUUCCACGUAAGAACAGUAAGGAAAGUAAGGAGAUGGAGAUGGAGAAAGAGGAGAAGCAGAAGGUGGAAGAGUAGAGAGAUGAGUUCGAGGCUUUACGAGGAAUUAACGUCUUCAAACCUCGAUGUACUAAACAUCAUAGUUCCUCUCGAAGAUAGAAGAGUUAGGAGAUCUUAAACCUGCCAAGGAGAUCGUUUAGGAAGAGUUAAAACUAAACUUGUCUUGACACGAUCUUUACCAUACUUCUUAAUAAUCUUCAUCAACUUCCUAAGAUAUAAAAAAAAAAAAAAAAAAAAAAAAAAAAGAGAAAAAAGAGAAAAAGAAGGCAAAAAAAUGGAUCAUUAUCUAACAACCUAUCAAAAGGAUUAUACCUGGCCAUAUCCAAUGAAAGAAAAGUCUAGAUUAGCAGAUGAUAUCUUUCUUUUAGGUCCUUGCACUUGUGGCAUCGAUCCAAAAGAUCUUAAGGUACCAAAAGUGUAUGGUGAGAAAUAUGAUUGGAGUCGUGUCGGUCCAAUGGGACCACUUUUGGAUCCCAAACUGUAUCCUGCUAAAACUGGACCCAGUCCUGAAACUGAUCAGACGCGAUUUGGACAACCGGAUGUUUAUUUGAAAAAGUUAGAAGAAAAAUAUCCUGAUCUCUAUGGAGUUAUACAAGAUCAACCGACUCAAGAAACAAUUAUGGAAGUUGAGAAGGAUAGAAUGAUGACUACAUACAUGAUGGAUUAUGGCCAGGGUAAAAGUUUCGAUGGAAGUUGUGCAAAAACCGAUGAUCCACAAGUAUAUCAGCCUACUGAAAAGAUUGUUAAAUAUGAUUGCCGUCCUAAUGUUCGACCUCCGAUACGAAAAUUUCGAAGUAUUUUGGAUCAAAAUGGCAAGAACGGAAUCUAUGGUAAUCGAAAACGGAGUAAAAAAUCGAAUGACGUGGAAGGAUCGGAAGUACGAAUACCACCAUGGAAAUCAGAGUACCAGGACACUAUCAGCAAAUUGGGACAUUCUAUAAUGAAAUACAAAUUGCAUAAACCUGAAAAGCUUACUCUAACGACUAGUACAGUUUAUAAAUGAUCAUAAAAACG